CCCACGUGCCCUACACAUCGACUCCUAGAAAGAAAGAAAGAAAUUCCUAGCUCAAAUUGUAAAAACCCUAAAACCCUCUUUCUCCUCUGCUCCACUGAAGCUCUCGUCUCUGCCUCUCUCGCCAAUGGCUACAAUACCAGUUAACCCAAAACCUUUCUUGAACAAUCUGACUGGAAAGACUGUCAUCGUGAAACUUAAAUGGGGAAUGGAGUACAAAGGUUUUCUUGUCUCAGUAGAUUCCUAUAUGAACUUGCAGUUGGCAAACACUGAAGAAUAUAUCGAUGGACAAUCCACUGGGAAUCUUGGAGAGAUAUUGAUCAGAUGCAACAAUGUUCUCUAUCUUCGUGGGGUGCCAGAGGAUGAAGAAAUUGAAGAAGCUGAACAGUUACAGGACUGAGAUGUGGACUUUGGAGCAGUAGUCUUGCUAAUGGACGGAACGAAACGCAAGUACUAGAAACUCUUGAACAAAAAAGAAGUUCAGUAAUCAGUUUUUCUCUACUUCUGUUGCUUUUUUAUUUUAACCUGGAGUGGUUAGGAUGUAUUUGUAUUGUGUGUAGAGGUAGAUAUCGUUGGAUGUUCAAUUGACAUGCCCGUGUCAUUUAAAAGGGCCCUAGCUGAUAAAUGGUUUUCUAAACUUAAAUGAGCUCCAGUUUGUCGCUGUACAAGAAUCAUUCUGUUUUCAUGUUACAAAACCAUGAUUUGAAAUGGAACCUUUUUAGUUAUUCACUGCACCAAA